GGUGGCGCAUGCGCAUUAUAUUCAGCCGUUGUAUCUACCGCGUCAGUCUGACGUUUCAGUUGAAAUUGGAAAGAAGACAAGAAUACGGUCCAAGAGAAAAGAAGAUCAGCCCAGAGGUGAAAAGCAGCGUGAAGCCAGGUUGAAUGUUUUUUUUUUCAGCGCGAAGCUCCGGUAAGCAGAGCUACUUGCUACAGCAACUACAUUAGCAAGAAAUGACAGUUAUUGUAGAAUUGAAUAUGAUAUCGACCACGAUAAUUUCACUGUUACAAAAAACCAGUCGGAGUCUGAGGAACGAUAAUCAGUAACCUAUAUUCAAUGUUUUAACCAGCAGUGGUAGACUUUUAUCAUUGUUAUAGUUUUAUACUAUUUCCAAAAUAGUUCGCUGUUUCUGUUAGCUGUGGGCUAAAUUUAGACUGGAAGUCUAUGGGGUUGGCUAGCUGGCUAAUGCGGACUUAGUCAAAUACGGUGAACGUUGGUCACCUCAGCAGUAGUAGAUGUAGCGUUGCCAUGGAAGCCAUUCGUGGGAAUCGUUACCUACAGGUUGAUUGUCCGGUUCAUACACCGUGUUUGUUUUGUUUUGAUUCGCUAUGUUUGUAUAUAAAGAAGUAAUGAACUGUUCAUAGAAAUACAUCAUAUAUGAUAAAUAACAAAUGAUAAGGUUUACAUAUACAUGUAAUUAGAUACUGUACUGAUGUGAAUGGUAAUAAGAAAAUGUAAUUGUUUUUACAUACAAAUACCAUUUAUUUAUUUAUUUUAUGGUGAUAGAUGGUGAUAUUCAUUCAUUCAUUUCAUGAUUUAACAGAUGAAUUUUUGUCUUGGUCAUAUCACAUGAUUAGACUGUUGGAUUAGAAUUCAGUGUCAGAGAAGUCAGUGUUAUAAUAUUUUAGAUUAAUUUCUUGCAUUCUGCACUAUGUGUAGAUUGGUUUUUUUUAUUGACCCAGAACUGAUUCUGAACCGUGCGGUUCAGUGGCGAGCCAUCCGAGAAAGAAGACUGUGGACAGACCUACCCACCGGUGUGGCCAGCCGGCGAGCAAGGAUUUGCCUACAGAGUUGAACUGACUGACUAUGACUGACUAGACAACCAGGAAACCAGAUAAGAUACCAGAUACCAGAUACCAAAUAGAAGUUUGUGCAUAUUGAGAGACAUUGAUUCAUACAUCAAGAAUUUUCAUAUACACACAUUCACGCACACAUACACACACACAUAUAUGUAUUUUUUUUAUUUAUCUGUUUGGGGAAGAGCUCUUUUUGGGUGGUUUAUUUUUUAUAUUAUUGUGUUGCACGUUUUAGUGCCCUGAACUAGAGAAAAUAAAAUUUGUCACCUGUUUCAAUUGUACCCAACUCUAGUCUUUCAUGAUUUAUAAUAACCAUAUAUCAGCUCCUCGAACCUAGCGGAUGUAGUACCAUAUUAUUCAUAUUAUUAUUAAUUUAAAGAGCAAUAGUGCUACAAUAAAACUUGGCGAGCCAGCCAGGAGAGUUGGUUGAUCUAACAUUUAACAGGUUGACAUUUUUAUUGUUCUCAUUUUUUUGAAUUUUUAAGGUAAUCUAUUUACGAAUGGUCCUUUGUAACACUGCACUGCUUAACAUGGAUGUAGUUAAGGCUGAGAACAUCAAAGUUCCUAAUGCAGUUCUAGUUAGUGGUCUAACUGGCAAAAGUAUUGAUGAUGAAGUAUUCCAGUAUUUACAGCAGUACGGUAAGAUUGAAAGAACUAUUGAGGUACAUAGCACUGCAGCUAAGUUCCAAGACUCAUCCGUAGUAGAAUUUAGUUCGGGUGAACCCAUAGAGUUUUUGAAGGAUAUCUUACCAUGUAUUAGGCCUACUAGUGAUCCGGCGGUUACAUAUCACAUUCAGCUUCUGUCUGAUCUAUAUACUGCUGAUCGAGGGUCUUCCUUAACCCAGACAUAUCUAGCUGAACUGCAGAAUGUUGCCAUACUUAGUGGGACAGACUUUGAAAAAGUCUUAUUAGAUGAAUUAGCUAGAAUUCAAAAAUCUACCCAGACACACUUAACCGAACCAGACACAUUAAAAUUAAAUGAAGAGAUUCCGCCCACUAAUGGGUUUGAUCCAGCACUUAAUGCUAGUGUUAGGGCCCACCCCUUCAAGCAUGCUACACCCUCACCUGACUCAGGCACACAGGCAUUCUCUUUGCCUCAAAACAUACCCCUAUAUAUAGCCCCUGAUUCCUUGACCCCCCCUGAAGUGCAAAAAGUAGUGGUUGAGCAUGUCAUUAGGAGUGCUGAUGUGUCACCUCAGUAUCAUGGAAAUAUCAGAAUCAGACCCUUCUCGGGGAGGAUACCAUGCCCAAAUGCAGAGUCUGACUAUGAGACAUGGCGCAGCAAUGUAGAGUUCCAGCUCGGAGACCCCACUGUGUCUGACAUGCACACCACCCGGAAAAUUAUCGAGAGCCUCCUCCCACCUGCUGCCAACAUUGUCAAACAUCUAGGUCCUAGUUCCACCCCUCAUGAGUAUCUUGCCAUGCUCGAUUCAGCAUAUGGUAUUGUUGAAGAUGGAGAUGAACUCUUUGCCAAGUUUCUAACCACCAACCAGGACUCUGGUGAGAAUCCAUCUGCCUACGUGCAGCGCUUGCAAGCAAUACUGAGUAAAGUAGUCAAGAGAGGUGGCCUAGUUGCUAGUGAAACAGAUAGCCAGCUGCUCAAACAGUUUUGCCGGGGCUGCUGGGACAAUGCUCUGAUAACCAGUCUCCAGCUAGAGCAAAAGAAAAUUAAGCCGCCUUCCUUCUCUGAGCUGCUCCUCCUGCUACGUACUGAGGAGGACCGCCAAGCUGCUAAAUCCAGCCGGAUGAGACAGCACUUGGGCCUCAAAGUGAAAGCACAGUUGCACUCUAUCACAUCAAAUGAACAUGUCCCUGACAUCAGUGCUGUAGCAUCAGCGAGUGAGGCGUACCCCGGUCAGACUCAAAAGCUUGAAAAACAGAUGGAAGCGCUACAAGCGCAGAUAGCCUCUUUAAAAGCAUCCUUGACCUCAAAGCAAGGCCAGUCUAAAAAGAAACCAAAGUCCCAAACCAAACUCUCCACUGAGGACGAUCCCCCAAGCUCUGCAGAGUUCAACCACAAGAGGAAACCACGACCAUGGUAUUGCUUCAGAUGUGGUGAAAAUGGCCAUAUCAAGCCAUCUUGCACUAGUGAGCCAAAUCCUGAACUGGUUGAGCAGAAAAACAAAGAGCUGAAACAAAAGCAGGCAGCUUGGGAAAAUUUAAACUAGUGUCAGUUCCUGUUGAGGGACUAUCAGGAGCUGUAAAUGAUAAAUGUCCCAAACCAAGAACUAGAGCAUCCAUCCAUUCCCACAAAGCAGACACUCAGACUAGACUUCCUCCAAGACUUGUAGGACAGAAAUGUGUAGCUAAUGUUAUUGUGUCAGGAAUUGAUUGUCAUUGCCUUCUCGACUCAGGGUCUCAGGUUACUACAGUAUCAAGCUCUUUCUACAACAAACAUCUCUCAGAACUUCCCAUCCAACCCCUCACAACCUUAGAUGUUGAGGGUGCAAAUGGUCAGAACGUCCCGUACUUAGGCUAUGUUCCUGUUAGUCUUAAGUUCCCAAAAGAAUUUGUUGAAAAAGAACCUGAAAUCUCUGCCUUAGCUUUAGUUGUUCCAGACAUCCGAAGUAAUAUUGACUCACCUGUACUUAUUGGGACAAAUGCACUUGACAUUCUGUAUAAAGAGUAUUGCAGUGACAAAAAUCCAAACGAACUGUCCUCCAUUUAUGGUUAUAGACAAAUUAUCCGUGUACUUAAGAUCAGAAAUAAAGAGAAUUCUUCAGGAUUGAUAGGUUUAACAACUCUCAAAGACAAAGUGCAGCAAGUUAUCCCUGCUCAAGAGAGAGUUUGCCUUGAAGGAUUUAUGAGAGCCCACACCACUAGUCAGUAUGCUGUAAUUGACCAACCAGAAUCAUCCACCUUACCUGGAGGUAUCUUUGUAGAGCGUUGUCUUGUCACCCUGCCCAAGCAGCGGCCCUACAAACUAUCUGUGUGGGUCAGGAAUGAGAAUGAGCACGCUGUGAAACUCCCUUCCAACUGUGUCAUCGCUGAACUGCACACCCCCGACACCAUCUAUGACAGCCCACCAGACUCCAACAAAGGCACAGAGACCGCAGCAUGUUGCGCAAUCUCUCCAGACACAGGCAAGGAAUCUACCAAAAGAGGACUCACCUUUGACUUCCAUGAUUCCCCCCUUCCACAGGAAUGGAAGGACAGAAUAACAAAGAGUCUCAAUGACUACAGUGAUGUGUUUGCCCAAAGCGACCUGGAAUUUGGACAUGCAUCCAAAGUGAAACAUCAUAUAAACCUGAAAGAUGACACACCAUUCAAGCAAAGAUCCAGACCAAUCCACCCAAAUGACUACGAGGCAGUCAGAAAACACCUUCAGACCCUCCUUGAUGCGGGAGUGAUCCGUGAAUCAGAGUCGCCAUAUGCUUCACCCAUCGUCGUGGUGAAGAAGAAAAAUGGGGAGGUCCGUCUUUGCAUUGACUACCGUAAGCUCAACAUGCUUACCAUCAAAGAUGCU